AUGGACGACACAAAGCCGUGGGGCUAUAGAUGGCGUUCAUCUCGACUUUUGGUCGUUUCAUCCAUCACUGUGGCUUUAUUCGCAGAGACAUUUCUUUAUGGGUUUCUUACUCCGAUUUUGAGUUAUAUGCUUGAAGAACGACUGCAUCUUGAUCCUUCACAAACUCAGACGUACACCACAGCAUUGCUCACCACCCAUGGAUUCAUUGGUCUCAUCUCAGCUCCGAUUGUCGCUCAUCUGGCCGAGAAGACUCCGAGUCAAAAGAAACCACUAUUGAUUUCUCUGGCAGGAUGUUUCCUGGGAACUCUCAUCAUUGCUCUCGCCCCGUCUGUCUGGGCCCUCUUCCUUGGUCGCAUCCUGCAAUCUAUGGCAGGUGCCGGCACCUGGGUGGUUGGAUUUGCUCUAUUGGCAAAUAACGUGGACAAGAAACACCUCGGACAGUCGAUGGGGAUGGCCAUGUCAUUCGUAACUGCAGGUAUGGUCGGCGGACCAACAGUGAGUGGCGCAUUGCUCCAGUUAUUUGGCUACUGGGCCGCCUGGUCCCUUCCCUUGGUGGUACUUGUCUUGGAUAUCAUUGCCCGCCUGGUCAUGAUUGAGCCUGGCCUCGGAUCUCCAAAGAAAACUGAGACUUUGAGCAAAACUGCUGGCACAUCAGUUACCAUCAAUGAUGGAGGCCCAGAAGAAUCGACUGCUCUGCUUUCUGAUACACCGUCCACUCUCAAGCCGGAUGACUGUAGAGUGGAGCACAAGCAUGACCUCAAACACGAAUACUACAGAGUUAUGCUCUCUGAUCCUCGUGUUUUGACCGCAUUGGCCAACGUUGUCGUUGUCUCCUCUCUCAUGUCUGGCAUUAACAACACCCUCCCCGUCCACCUGAGAGAAGCAUUCGGUUGGAAGAGUUUACUCAUUAGUAUGAUGUUCUUCUGUCUUCAAGUCCCGAAUAUUGUUCUGAGUGGCCCAUCUGGAUGGCUUCGUGAUCGAAUCGGAAUACGGGGACCUACCGUUUUCGGCUGGCUUGCCAUGAUCCCUCUAAUCUUACUUCUGGGGAUUCCCGGAGACCCUCACUUCCCAUGGGCCGCUGGAGAUGCAGCUGGCAAGUCUAUCUUUACCAGCAGUUUGAUUGCCUUGGGUAGUAUUCUACCUCUUGUACGCGGUGUAGGAGCCGUGCAACUGGCCUAUGUGGUCAAGGAUAUGGAAGCCAAAGACGCGCAUCUAUUCGAGGCUAACAGAAGCAACCUGCGAGUCUUUUCCAUGACUGAAGUGGGAUAUAGUCUCGGUAUGAUGUUCGGACCUAUGUUGACAGGCUCGCUAUUUGAAGGAGUUGGCUUCUUUUACAUGACAGUGGCACUAGCUAUCACCUGCCUCAUCCAGGCCGUUGUUUCCUGGCGUUGGUUGGAUACCUUGCCCGAGCCCGAAGUUCCCGAAGCUUCGGUUUAA